GUGAGUUGAGCGGCAAGGUUGUGCCUGGGAAGUCGUCUUGGGAGGUGGACGAUGGUGAAGUGAAGAUUACUUUACAGAAGGCCGCUAUGAGUGAUCCGGAAGAUGAGGAUAGGCAAUGGUUCGACUGGUGGGGUGACCUUUGGGCAACGAAGAAGAUGUAA